AUGGCUCCACCGAGACAUGCCCCAGUGCUGAUACUGCUGCUGGCUUUUCAGAUCAGCUGUUCGAACGCUUAUCAAUUCGACGUCGGUGGCACAGAUGGUUGGAUUCUUAAUCCUCUUGAAAGUUACGACCACUGGGCUCAGCGUUUGAGAUUUCAAGUAAAUGACACUCUUUUGUUCAAGUAUAAGAAAGGAUCAGAUUCAGUAUUGGAGGUAAAUAAGGAUGCCUAUGACAAGUGCAACACAGAAAAUCCGAUUAAGAAAAUGGAAGAUGGCAACUCUGUUUUCAAGUUUGAUCGCUCUGGUCCAUUCUAUUUUAUUAGUGGCAAAAAGGAUAAGUGUAAAGAAGGACAAAAAUUGAUUAUAGUUGUUCUAGCUGUUAGACCGCCGCCUCCUUCUCCUCCUGCUACUCCGUCCAAAGCUCCGGCUCCAUCCACUCACACUCCAACGACGGCUACUCCACCUAAAGGAUCAUCAACACACAUUUCACCGUCGCCUAAAGGGAAUCCGGAUUCUGAUUCUCCUGUAGGUAAAACUCCGGUAGCAUCACCGACACCUGCUGGUUCCCACUCAUCUCCGACGCCUCCUGCACCUGGAAAAGCUCCUACAUCAGGUGUGACUCCGCGUCAUGGUCCACAACCAUCUCCAACUGCUCAUGCACCAUCUCCGGCGACCUAUGCACCCAAAAAGGCUCCAACGCCAGCAUCAUCGGAUGCACCAGUUGUGGCUCCAACAUUGGCUUCACCUGCUCCAGGGAAGGCCCCAACACCGGGAUCGUCGCAUGGACUUCCAAGUACCGGUUCUCACCAAUCUCCAACGAUUCAGGCUCCCCAAAAGGCUACAACACCAGCAUUGUCGCACGUGCCUUCAAAUUCACAUUUAGCUCCGACUACUCAUGCACCUGGAAAAGCUCCAACUAGCGCGUCACUUGCCCCUGCUGGGUCCCACUUGUCUCCGACAGAACAUGCAACUGGAAAAGCUCCAACACCUGCAUUGUCGCAUGUGUCUCCAAGACCUGGUGCGCACCUAUCUCCUACGGCUCAUGCACCUGGAAAGGCUCCAAUUGGGGCGUCACUUGCUCCUGUUGGUUCCCACCUAUCUCCAAUUGCCCAUGCACCAGGAAAGGUGCCUACACCAGCAUCAUCGAAUGUGCCUCGAGGUACUAGUUCCAACCCACCUUCUCCAAGUACAGGUACACACUUCUCUCCUACGGCUCAUGCACCAGUGAAGGAUCCAACAGGGGUGUCGCCUGCAACUGCUCGUUCUCACUCAUCUCCAAUUGUCCAUGCACCAGGAAAGGCGCCAACAGCAGCAUCAUCGAUUGUGCCUCCAGGAAAGGCUCCAUCCGAGACGUCGCACGCGCCUGCUAGUUCCCACUCAUCUCCAACUGUCCAUGCACCUGGAAAGGUUCCAUCUGAGGCGUCACACGUGUCUGCUAGUUCCCACUCAUCUCCAACUGUUCAUGCACCUGGAAAGGCUCCAUUCGAGGUGUCACAUGCACCUGCUAGUUCUCACUCAUCUCAAACUGUUCAUGCACCUGGAAAGGUUCCAUCUGAGGGGUCACACGCGCCUGCUAGUUCCCACUCAUCUCCGACUACCCAUGAACUUGGAAAG